AUGUCAGCUUUUACUCCAAGAAAGAGGAAGCAGAAUUCUUUGAACUGUGACAACCUAUUAUCUGACAUUCCAUCAAAGAAAGUAAUUUUGGAUUUUACUGAAAAUAUGUUUUCAUCAUCUAAUAAAAAAUAUAUUUGCCAAAAUAAUGAAGAAAAUUGCUCUCAACCAGGCCAUUUCACUUCAAGUCUUCUCAAAACAACUAAAACAGAGAGAUUACCAUCUGCAAAUCAAGGUUCACCUUUUAAAUCAUGUGUGUCUACUGUAUCCUUUUACAACAAAAAUAUUAGUAAGUGUUACCUCAAUCCAUUGGAGAGAAAGAUGAUAAAAGAGAGUAGAUCCAUUUGUCUAAAAACUAAUAAUGAAGAUACAUCUUUUCCCAGUGUGACAGAAAAAAUGCAGGAAAAACCAAUCUGCUCCAAGAAGAUGAAGAAAAAACCACAGAAGAGUUUAACUGCUAAGUGUCAACCAAGUUAUAGGUGCAACAAACCUGUAUCAAAGAAUUCUAAAAAUUCCAAGCAAAAUCGAGUGGCCUACAAACCAAUUGUAGAGAAAGAGAAUAGUUGUUAUUCAGCUGAAAAUAAUUUAAAUGCUCCUCGAGUUCUAAGCCAAAAAGUCAAACCACAAGUAACACUCCAGGGUGGAGCAGCAUUUUUUGUUAGGAAAAAAUCCUCUCUCAGAAAAUUGUCUCUGGAAAACAAGUCAUUACUGGGACUCACCCAAGAGAAUAAAUCAGAAAUGAUUAAAGAUUCUGAUGUAGAGACUGUCAAUGAAAGAAAAAGUUUGGAGACAAGGCAAGUGCCAAAGUGCUUGUUGCUACAAAAGGAACUGAACAUUGAGCUUCUGGGUAUAAGAAAUAAAAAUGAAGAGAAAUUAAUAAAGGAUUCAUCAAGUGGAGUAGUUUCUUCAAGAGAGUAUAAAUCUGAAGAAAAUAAGUGUUUUUCUUCAGAAGAUUCUCAUAGUGAAAACAAGGCAGUUUCUUCUGAGUCCAUUGUCUAUCCCAUCUUCAGUGCAUCUUCAGCCAAUACAAAAAGAUCUCUAGUUGGAGAACAGUCUUCUGCGGCAUCCAUCACACCUACUAACUUUUUGAAACAGACCAAUACACAGAAAAGUAUUAAUGCCAGAGAUGCAAACAAAGGAACAAAAAACCAGUUCGUCAUUGACGCAGGUCAGAAAAAUUUUGGAGCCACCAUGUGUAAGUCUUGUGGCAUGAUCUAUACUGCUUCCAACCCUGAAGAUGAGCUGCAGCAUGCUCAGCAUCACCACAGAUUUCUGGAGGGAAUCAAAUACACAGGGUGGAAAAGAGAACGUGUAGUAGCAGAGUUUUGGGAUGGGAAAAUUGUGUUGGUCCUGCCACAUGAUCCAAGUUAUGCUAUCAAAAAGGUAGAAGAAGUGCAAGAACUUGUCGAUAAUGAAUUGGGCUUUCAGCAAGUUGUUCCCAGAUGUCCAAACAAAACCAAAACAUUUCUCUUUAUAUCUGAUGAAAAGAAAGUAGUUGGGUGUUUAAUUGCAGAGCCCAUCCAACAGGCCUUCCGUGUCCUGUCUGAACCAACCAGCCCAGAAUCCCCAGGCUCCAGAGAAUGUCACAGGGCUUGGCGAUGUUCCAAUGAGCCCGUACCUGCAGUCUGUGGGAUAAGUAGGAUCUGGGUCUUCAGAUUUAAGAGAAGAAAGCGCAUUGCAAGGCGACUGGUAGAUACGCUCAGGAAUCGCUUCAUGUUUGGCUGUUUUCUCAGCACUAAUGAAAUAGCAUUUUCUGACCCAACACCAGAUGGCAAGUUAUUUGCAGCCAAGUACUGCAACACCCCUAAUUUCCUUGUAUACAAUUUUAAUAGUUAA